AGGAACCAACCGCUGAAAACCAACCUAAGAGAAAAGAAAAUGUCUGGUGUGUCACUAGCAGUGUCAUCACAAUCAGUGCCACAAGCACCUUCACAACCAGGGGGCACAGGCGCAGGCACAAGGCCUAAAGCACCAACGCAACAAGGCACAGUUGGUGGAAUGAUGGGUUCACUGCGUGUGAUAGAGCUUCAACUCGUCGCAUUCAUAUUGGUGUUCUCAGCAAGUGGUCUUGUCCCACUCCUUGAUCUUGUGUUCCCUGCAUUUGCCUCAGCUUACAUCUUGGCACUUGCACACUUUGCAUUUCCAUCAACAGCAACAACAACUUCAUCUGGGUCUGAGAUCUUCAAAGGAAGCAAGAUGUUUCGAAUGUAUGUUGUUCUUGGAACCACUGUUGGUUUGUUCUUGCCACUAGCCUAUGUGCUUGGAGGGUUUGCAAGAGGGGAUGAACAUGCUGUGCGUUCGGCCACUCCUCAUUUGUUUUUGUUAUCGUUUCAAAUAUUGACUGAGAACAUCAUUAGUGGGUUGUCAUUGUUCUCACCACCCGUGAGGGCAUUGGUUCCUAUGAUAUACACAAUCAGAAGGAUCUUUGUGGAUAUUGAUUGGACACAUGAUGUGUGGCUCAACAAGGCUUUGCCUGCCAAUGCAGGGCUGCAGGACACAGCAUGGUAUUGGUUUGGGAAGGGUCUGGCAGUGGCAAAUUUGGCUUAUUUCUCUAUCAAUCUAUUUGGGUUUCUGAUACCAAGGUUUCUUCCAAGAGCUUUUGAGAGGUAUUUUCAAGAGAGGGGAGAGAUCUAUGCCAAGGCAGCAGAGGAUAAGCGAUCUGUGUCCAUCAACAAACCCCAAUUGUCAGAGAAGAAGACAGAUUAA